AUGGGCAGGGCGGGGUGGCGAGCGGAGACGAGGAAGAUACACGGAGGGCCCCUGACGCUCGAGAAGUACCGCCGCUUCUUCGUCGAUCCAUGGGGCGACGCUAUCACCAACGACCAACUCAGCCAGAUCCUCACCAUGCAUGGCUUCCUCAAGCUCCCGGCAAACAAGGUUUUCUCCCAUCCCAUCCAUCCUUCCUCCUUCACUUUCUUCCGCCCGCCGUUGGCAACUUGGCAUGACUUGUUUUUUGCGAGGGAGCAGAGGAAAAUCAUGAAGCAGCUGGCGGCGCAGAUAGACCUGCAGCCGCCGCGCCGCUCCACUUUGCACAACGCGGCGGCCGCGGCCCGGCCCUCCGCCGUGAGGAUCAACGCCAGGCAGGUCGCGGCCGACGUCGACGCUAUCGGCUGGACGGAGAACCCCAUCGGCGCCGUGGCCGCCUUCGCCGGCUACGGGGAGGGCCCACCGGAGCGGCUGGGGCGCAUGCCCCCGCCCGCCCACCACGUGCUCUCGCUGGCGCUCGCUCUGCGCCGCGCGCGGUCCAGGCGGACGCGCCGCUCUGCAUACCCGCGCCGUGCUGCGUCCAAGGACGUCAAGGUGAAGGAGGAGGACGUGGAAGAGCCGCCGCCGUCGCCUCCGCCGCUCUGGACGCGCUCCCCGACUCCGUCGCCUCCGCCGCUCUGGACGCGCUCCCCGACUCCGUCGCCUCCGCCUCUAUGGAUGCGCUCCCCGACUCCGCCGCCUCCUCCCCCGUCGCCACCUUGUCCACAGUCUGUUGCGCCUCCUCCGCCUGCUUCGCCACCUCGGGCACAGACUGCGGUGCCACCUCCGCCUUCGUCGCCACCGCGGCAACAGACUGCGGUGCCUCCUCCGCCUUCGUCGCCGUCCUGCCGCCAGCCUAAUUUGGAGACAAUCUUCUCCCCACCACCACCAGGCUUCGGUCCCCCAGGCUUCGGCUCGCUCCCGCGGCCGUGCUGCGCCCGGCCUACAUUGGCGCCGCUCCCGACCCCGCCAACAGACUUCGUCCCGCCGCCGCCACCGGGCUCGAGCCAGCCUGCAUUGGCGCCACUCCCCACCCCGCCACCAGGGUUCGGUUCGUCCCAGGUGACGCCGCCGCCUCCGCAGCUAUUCUGGGGCUUGCCGUUGCCGAUGGCGCCACCGCCGGCAGGCCCGGGAGCGCCGCCUGCGUUCGCGCAUCAUCUUCAGCCUGCAGGACAGCGACCGUCGGUCCCGUCGUGUUAUCCGGCAGCGUGCUGGGGCGCGCCCUCCGUGCUGCCGCCACAGCAGGCGCCCUGGCGUUGGACGCAUCCACCGCCGCGCUGGACAGCACCUCAUAUGCCGCAGCAGCAGCGGCCGCCGCCACCGUGGGGCUUCAUGGAGCAGUCGGCGCCUCCUCCUCCUAUGCCGCUGCAACAUCAGCCGCAUUUCGAGGGGCAGCAAUGGCCGCAGCCCACAGCCACCGGGGGUGUCCUGGGGGACUGA